CUCCAACUCGUAUUCUCUUGCUGCGUCCCAUUCUUCUUCCUUCUUCGUCCCAUCUAUCGCGCCCCCUAGACCCCGCCGGUGGGCCAGGACAAGCGACAGAGACAGCUGCAAGCACGCUGCCUGGACGCCAAACAUCCUUCCCUUCACCGCAGCCGGCCUUUCGGACAGGUAUGUGACACGCGUCGUUCUUUCCUUCUCUUCCCUAGCAUCCUGUCACCUCUUACUCCUCCAGGACCAUGGCUGACUUAGCAUGCUCCACUUGCAGCAGGUUGUGCAUUCCGCCACUCAUCCUCCCCACCUCGGCAAGCCCGGCACGAGUCAAUCAAGGCGCGUUCUCGCAUCAACUGCUCUGACGUUCCGUCGCCUCGUUGCACUCGAACAACACCUUUUUUCCACAGCCUUCCCGGUAUUUAAUUUGCCGCAAUACCUUGUUCCUUCCCGUGCUCCUGAUACACCACAACAACCAUCGGCGAUGAUCCCCACCGAGACGCCUACCACCUCCCCCACCCCCGCCCCGAGCCCCAUCCCAGCGACACCCAUGACGCCCCCAGCCUCUUCUCCCCUCCCGCCUCUGUUUACAUUCAAGCGCUGGGGAUCUUCGUCGCGCAAGUCCAAGCGCGCCAGGUCGGAGGACGUCGACACGUUUUCUGGCACUGCUGGGGAUGAAGACGAUGUCUUGCGGCGCUCGGUUUCGAUUGAUGAUGGGAUGGAGGUGGAGGACGAUGGGCUCUGGGAAGAUGAUGGGCUGCGGAAGAAGGGCAGGAGGCUGUCAAUACCAGCGGCAAGGCCUCUGGUUCGGGCGCGUUCAAGCAAAGUCAAGUUGAAGAAGGUGGAGACUCUCAGCAGCUCUUCCUCCACUUCCCUUGAGCUUGCACGUACUAUAUCACCUGAUAGCCCCGAGCCUGCUGCGAAGCGCGCCAGGCAAAGGUCGUCCUCCACAUCGUCGACGUCAUCUAUGCCGGGUCUGACUGGAGUGCUGUUUGAAGGGAAGACGCCUUCGUCGCCUAGUACGAGUCCGGAAGCUCCUGUGGAUGCGACAAUGCCUCUGCCUGCUCGGCCUCCGACGAGACCGCCUCAGAUAUUCUCAUACAUCCCUUCACCGCUGGCUACCGCCCCCGUCAUGUCCCCCACCCUCUCCCCACCUACCCCAUCUUCCCCCGCUGCCCCCCAGCUCGACCUCCCCCUCUCUGUCCCGCUCCCCCUCCCUGUGUCUCCUCGAGAAGAUGCGGAAGUCAUCAUCGCCGCUGCGCAGGUGACAAAGUCGAAAGCUUUUUGGAGGGAUGUAGAGGAUUUGGGGGCGGAGCUUGGGAAUGUGUUGAAACUUGGCUUUGGGAGGGGUAUGAACAGGGGCGCGGGGGGACAGAGGAAGCCUAGUAGGCUUAGGAGCAGUCUGAUUGUGGAUGAGGAGGCGGCAAGGGAGGAGGAGAGGAGAGAGAGGUAUGGGAGGAUGGAUACGGAAUAGCAGGUCUACCCUCCAUCCACGACCUCUUUCUCCACUUCUUCACAUUCACUGCCAAACACAUCCCAUCAUGACCCCAUUCCACCACAAGCCCAGCUAGCAUCUUGUACGACUGUUCACAGAAAGGAUCAGUCACAUCCGUGGACCCCUUCUCUCUCUUUCUCUAUAGAUAUCACAUCAUUUGUAACGACCCACCCCAUAUCUUCUAUGACUGUCUUCACAUCAUUUUGUCUUGAUCUCUCAUAUCUUUCCUCUUGCGUGACGCCUUCUUUUUUUCCCUCUUAUGAUUCUACAGAUCUUGUACACUUAUGACGAGCCGUCUUUCUUUCCCUUUGGUGUUUUUUCACGGUUGUCUCAUGCAUGAGCUUUGUAUCAUCCAUUCUUUUUUCACUCUCCAGCUUCUUCUAGCUGACUUGAUCGUGCACCACCAAUAAAUACCCUCCCAUACCAUAUUUUUUCGGCAAAAGCGACAAGAUAAACGACAUGCA